AACUGGGGUGGGCUGGACUUGGGCCUGGAGUUCGGCAUUUCCGCCCACGUGGGAAGCCAUGCCGUGUAGACCCGGCUAGAAUCUGAAGUGCGGAAGAGGCCUGGACCCCGAAUGAUGGGGCCGGCGCCAGCUGGAGAGCAGCUGUGCGGAGCGAUUGGAGAGCCAGAGGUGAUGGAACCAGCCCUGGAAGGCACAGGCAAAGAGGGGAAGAAGGCAUCCUCCAGGAAGCGUACAUUGGAUGAGCCUCCAGCGAAGGGCCUCCUGCAGCCAGUGAAGCUCAGCCGGGCAGAACUGUACAAGGAGCCUACCAAUGAGGAGCUUAAUCACCUUCGGGAGACUGAGAUCCUGUUCCACUCCAGCUUGCUUCGUUUACAGGUAGAGGAGCUACUAAAGGAAGUAAGGCUGUCAGAGAAGAAGAAGGAUCGGAUUGAUGCCUUCCUACGGGAGGUCAACCAGCGGGUUGUUCGGGUGCCCUCAGUCCCUGAGACAGAGCUCACUGACCAGGCAUGGCUCCCAGCUGGGGUUCGAGUGCCCCUCCACCAAGUGCCCUAUGCCGUGAAGGGCUGUUUCCGCUUCCUGCCCCCAGCCCAGGUUACUGUUGUGGGCAGCUACCUUCUGGGCACCUGCAUCCGGCCAGACAUCAAUGUGGAUGUGGCACUGACCAUGCCCAGGGAAAUCCUACAGGACAAGGAUGGGCUGAACCAGCGCUACUUCCGCAAGCGUGCCCUCUACCUGGCCCACUUGGCUCACCACCUGGCCCAGGACCCCCUCUUUGGCAGUGUUUGCUUCUCUUACACAAAUGGCUGCCACCUGAAACCCUCACUGUUGCUGCGGCCGCGUGAGUCUCAGCACCUGCUGUCUCUGCCAGGGAAGGAUGAGCGCCUGGUUACUGUACGUCUGCAUCCGUGCCCUCCGCCUGAUUUCUUCCGCCCGUGCCGCUUGCUGCCAACCAAGAACAAUGUGCGCUCUGCCUGGUACCGAGGGCAGAGUCCUGCAGGGGAUGAGCCCCCUACCCCCCACUACAAUACAUGGGUCCUUCAGGAUACAGCUCUCGAGUCCCAUUUGCAGCUCCUGUCAACCAUGCUGGGUUCAGCCCAGGGCCUGAAGGAUGGUGUGGCACUUCUGAAGGUCUGGCUGCGGCAGCGGGAGCUGGACAAGGGCCAGGGUGGGUUUACUGGGUUCCUUGUCUCCAUGCUGGUUGUCUUCCUUGUGUCUACACACAAGAUCCAUAACACCAUGAGUGGCUACCAGGUCCUGAGAAGCGUCUUGCAGUUUCUGGCCACUACAGACCUGACAGUCAACGGGAUCAGUUUAUGUCUCAGCUCAGAUCCGUCUUUGCCGGCCCUGGCUGACUUCCACCAGGCCUUCUCUGUUGUCUUCCUGGACUCCUCAGGCCGUCUCAACCUCUGUGCUGAUGUCACUGCCUCUACUUACCACCAGGUACAGUAUGAGGCAUGGCUGUCUAUGACGUUGCUGGACAGCAGAGCUGACGAUGGGUUCCAGCUGCUGUUGAUGACUCCCAAACCCAUGAUCCGGGCUUUCGACCACGUCCUGCAUAUCCAUCCACUGAGUCGCCUGCAGGCAGCGUGCCACCGGCUGAAGCUCUGGCCAGAGCUGCAGGACAAUGGGGGGGACUAUGUCUCAGCUGCUUUGGGCCCCCUGACCACCCUCCUGGAGCAGGGCCUGGGGACUCGGCUGAAGCUCCUGGCUCACUCUCGACCUCCAGUCCCAGAGUGGGGCAUCAGCCAAGAUCCACCAAAGCACAAAGACUCUGGGUCCCUGACCCUGGGACUCCUCCUCCGGCCUGAGGGACUGACCAGUGUCCUUGAGCUGGGUCCAGAGGCAGACCAGCCUGAGGCUGCUAAAUUCCGCCAGUUCUGGGGAUUCCGCUCGGAGCUUCGGCGUUUCCAGGAUGGAGCCAUUCGGGAAGCUGUGGUCUGGGAGGCAGCCUCUAUGUCCCAGAAGCGCCUUAUUCCCCACCAGGUGGUCACCCACCUCUUGGCACUCCAUACCGACAUCCCAGAAACCUGUGUCCACUAUGUGGGGGGCCCCCUGGAUGCACUUAUCCAAGGCCUGAAACAGACCUCCAGCACAGGCGAGGAGGCCCUGGCAGUGGCGGUAUGUUGCUACGACGACCUCAGUCGCCUACUGUGGGGGCUAGAGGGUCUCCCACUGACCGUGUCUGCUGUUCAGGGAGCUCACCCAGUGCUGCGCUACACAGAGGUGUUCCCACCAACUCCAGUCCGACCAGCCUCCUCCUUCUAUGAGCCUCUGCAGGAGCGGUCCUCACUGCUGCCCCGGCUCGAUAAGCCCUGUCCAGCAUAUGUAGAGCCCAUGACCGUGGUCUGUCACCUGGAGGGCAGUGGCCAGUGGCCACAGGACGCUGAGGCCGUGCAGCGGGUCCGAGCUGCCUUCCAGCUGCGCCUGGCAGAGCUGUUGACACAACAGCAUGGUCUGCAGUGCCGUGCCACUGCCACGCACACGGAUGUCCUCAAGGAUGGAUUUGUGUUUCGGAUUCGCGUAGCCUAUCAGCGGGAGCCCCAGAUCCUGAAGGAGGUGCAGAGCCCAGAGGGGAUGAUCUCACUGAGGGACACACCUGCCUCCCUCCGCCUUGAGAGAGACACAAGGCAGUUGCCACUGCUCACUAGUGCCCUGCACGGACUGCAGCAGCAGCACCCAGCCUUCUCUGGUGUGGCACGGCUGGCCAAGCGGUGGGUGCGUGCCCAGCUUCUUGGUGAGGAUUUCACUGAUGAGAGCCUGGAUCUGGUGGCCGCUGCCCUUUUCCUGCACCCUGAGCCCUUCACCCCUCCCAGUUCCCCCCAGGUUGGCUUCCUUCGAUUCCUUUACUUGGUAUCAACGUUUGAUUGGAAGAAUAACCCCCUCAUUGUCAACCUCAACAAUGAGCUCACUGUGGAGGAGCAGGUGGAGAUCCGCAGUGGCUUCCUGGCAGCUCGGACACAACUCCCCGUCAUGGUCAUUGUUACCCCCCAAGACCGAAAGCACUCUGUGUGGACACAGGAUGGACCCUCAGCCCAGAUCCUGCAGCAGCUUGUGGUCCUGGCAGCUGAAGCGCUGCCCAUGUUAGAGAAGCAGCUCAUGGAUCCCCGGGGGCCUGGGGACAUCAGGACAGUGUUCCGGCCACCCUUGGACAUUUACGAUGUGCUGAUUCGCCUGUCUCCUCGCCAUAUCCCGCGGCACCGCCAGGCCGUGGACUCGCCAGCUGCCUCCUUCUGCCGAGGCCUGCUCAGCCAGCCGGGGCCCUCAUCCCUGAUGCCCGUGCUGGGCUACGAUCCUCCUCAGCUCUAUCUGAUGCAGCUCAGGGAGGCCUUUGGGGAUCUGGCCCUUUUCUUCUAUGACCAGCAUGGUGGAGAGGUGAUUGGUGUCCUCUGGAAGCCCACCAGUUUCCAGCCCCAACCCUUCAAGGCCUCCAGCACAAAGGGGCGCAUGGUGAUGUCUCGAGGUGGGGAGCUGGUAAUGGUGCCCAAUGUAGAAGCAAUCCUGGAGGACUUUGCUGUGCUGGGUGAAGGCCUGGUGCAGACUGUGGAGGCCCGAAGUGAGAGGUGGACUGUGUGAUCCCAGCCCUGGAGCAAGCUGUAGGUGGACAGCAGGACAUUCGACCUCUAGAGCAUGAUGGCAGUGGGAUGACCUCCACCCUCCUUGGACAUGAAUCCGCCAUGGAGGGCCUGCUGGCUGAACACGCUGAAUCAUCUCCAACAAAGCCCAGCCCCAACUUUCUGAUGCUCCAGCUUUGGGGCAGGGGCAUGGUGGCCCAUGUAGUCUCCUGGUCCUGACCAUCCCAGAAGAGGAGUGGGAGUCGGCUCAGAGAAGGAACUGAACCCAGGGGAUCCAUCCAGCUAUUAGCCCUGGGCCUGGACCUUCCCCCAAUUUCCCACUCCUUUCUUAGUCUUCUUCCAGAAACAGAGAAGGGGAUGUGUGCCUGGGAGAGGCUCUGUCUCCUUCCUACUGCCAGGACCUGUGCCUAGACUUAGCAUGCCCUUCAAAGAGUCACAUCACCAAUGCUGAGCAGUGGAAAGGGGCUAUAUGUGUAUCAAUAGACCACAUUGAAGGAGCACAAUGCCCUCCUGUGUUGAUGCCACUUCCCAGGGUGGAGACAGUGGAAAAGAACUGAGGACAAGAAAGGGUUGGGUAGGUCAAGGGGUCGGGGGACUGGUAGUCCCCCAAUCUUGGAGAGGUGCAAAAAGCACUGGGUGCUACCCGCUGGCUGCAUCUGCCCUGGCUGUUUGUCCGUUCAUGUCACAAACUACCACUACUACCUACCUGCAGUGGGGUUGCAGAGAUGGGGGAGACUCAAGUCUUGCUCCCUAGGAGCUACCAGGGUCCAAGGAAGAGAAUGCUGCCUCCUUUCAGUCUAGUCUACACCCCCUUUCUGGCGGCCUCUCCACUUCCUGUAAUUCUGGCUAUUUUUCUAGACUCAGCUCAAAUAGUGCCCCUCCUUAAGCCCAUCCCUCGCCCCCAGCCUGAGGUGAUCUUUCCUGAACUGUUAGAGCAGUUACUGUCUGUUCAGUUCACUUGGCAGGCACACACAGUGGCAUAAAUUCUAUUGUUUUGAACGCCGAUUUAAAAUUAAAUUGCAGCUGGGCAUGGUGGCUCAGUUUGUAAUCCCAACACGUAGGGAGUCGGGAGAAUCACUUGAGCUCAGGAGUUCUAGACCAAUCUGGGCAACAGCGAGACCCCAUCUCUUUUAAAUAAAAAGUUAAAUUGCUUAA